GUAGUGAGUAGUAGCAGAGUUCAUCAUGGAUAAAAGAAUCCUUUGCUGGAUAUGUCUGCUGGCAUAUUUUCACACAUCCUCAGCACAAACAGCCACAGCUGCAGCACCAGCAACCACAAGUACUGCAGCACCGACGACCACAACUACUGCUGCACCGACGACCACAACUACUGCUGCACCGACGACCACAACUACUGCUGCACCGACGACCACAACUACUGCUGCACCGACGACCACAACUACUGCAGCACCGACGACCACAAGUACUGCAGCACCGACGACCACAAGUACUGCUGCACCGACGACCACAAGUACUGCAGCACCGACGACCACAAGUACUGCAGCACCGACGACCACAACUACUGCAGCACCGACGACCACAAGUACUGCUGCACCGACGACCACAAGUACUGCAGCACCGACGACCACAAGUACUGCUGCACCGACGACCACAAGUACUGCUGCACCGACGACCACAACAGCUGCAGCACCGACGACCACAAGUGCUGCAGCACCGACGACCACAAGUGCUGCUGCACCGACGACCACAAGUGCUGCUGCACCGACGACCACAAGUGCUGCUGCACCGACGACCACAAGUGCUGCUGCACCGACGACCACAACUGCUGCAGCACCGACGACCACAACUGCUGCUGCACCGACGACCACAAGUGCUGCUGCACCGACGACCACAAGCACUGCUGCACCGACGACCACAAGCACUGCAGCACCGACGACCACAAGCACUGCUGCACCGACGACCACAAGCACUGCUGCACCGACGACCACAAGCACUGCUGCACCGACGACCACAAGCACUGCUGCACCGACGACCACAAGCACUGCUGCACCGACGACCACAAGCACUGCUGCACCGACGACCACAAGCACUGCAGCACCGACGACCACAAGCACUGCAGCACCGACGACCACAACUACUGCAGCAACGACGACCACAAGCACUGCAGCACCGACGACCACAAGCACUGCAGCACCGACGACCACAAGCACUGCUGCACCGACGACCACAACUACUGCAGCACCGACGACCACAACUACUGCAGCACCGACGACCACAACUACUGCAGCACCGACGACCACAAGUACUGCAGCACCGACGACCACAACUACUGCUGCACCGACGACCACAACUACUGCAGCAACAAUCACAACUGUAGCACCAACCACUACAACUGCAGCAACAACAAUCGCAACUACUGCACCGACGACCACAACAGCAGCACCGACGACCACAACUACUGCAGCACCGACGACCACAAGUACUGCUGCACCGACGACCACAAGUACUGCUGCACCGACGACCACAAGUACUGCUGCACCGACGACCACAAGUACUGCAGCACCGACGACCACAAGUACUGCAGCACCGACGACCACAAGUACUGCAGCACCGACGACCACAACUACUGCUGCACCGACGACCACAACUAGUACAGCACCGACGACCACAACUACUGCAGCAACGAUGACCACAACUACUGCAGCAACAAUCACAACUGUAGCACCAACCACUACAACUGCAGCAACAACAAUCGCAACUACUGCACCAACGACCACAA